UUUUAUUGACUUUACAGCUCGAGACAAGAGACAAGAGGACAGUGUGUGUGUGCAUGUGUGUGUCUUUAAGCAGCUCAGUGUUUGUUCAGUCCGUCAAUGAGUAAACCUGCAGCAGGAACCACGGAUCUCUGACAGUAUCUGUUCUCACAGCUGUUCGAUUCACAGGCGUCGGCCGCGAUGGUUAAACUGCGGCGUCUUGUCUCACCGGGCUGGAGUUCAGAAGAACAGGAGCGUUGAGGGAAAGGUCACACAAUGUCUGCGGUGAACACAGAGGAACAAGAGCUGACAGCCCAGUUGAACUUUCUCACCAGACUCGGACUGGAGGAAUUCUAUCCUAACAAGCUCACUCUGCGGUCUCUCUUUGAGAUCAACCAGAACAGCGUAGAUGAAAAAGCCGUUCAAUCAGUGGAGGAAAUACCAUGGUGUUUUCUCAGAAAACUGUUUAAAAUCAAUGCCGAAUGCAGGAGCUGUACACAAGUGUCAAUCAGGCAAGAGGAAGACAAUGAUCCCCUUGAACUAGACCUUUACACUGCAGAUGAUUCUGAAGACAAGUUCAACCCUCUGGAUGUCAUUGUAGCUGUCUUCCUUUGUGCUGACAGCCUCUUGCAGCAGGAACUGGCCCUCAAGAUGUCAAUGUGCCAGUUUUCUCUCCCCCUGCUGUUGCCCCACGGCCAUAAGAGUCAGUGUACCCUGAUGCUGUGGGCUCUGAGAGACAUCGUCAAAGAGUGGCGUCCACAGGAUUUGUCUGAAUCAAGAGGGUUUGUUGAAGACAACAUUAUCCAAGCAAAUAUACCUUUCUAUUCCUUUGUGAGGCUGAAGAACUGUAGUGUAUCAAAGUCCCAGCUUUUGAAUCACAUUCUUAGUCGUGGCCAACAGAACUGCAAUAUCUUCAUACACAGAGAUGUGGAAGGAGGAGCAGUCAAAAGAGAAAUUGCAAAUGGGUUGGUUGAAGUUUGCUGGUACCUUCCGUCUGGCGGAGAAAAUCUUGACAUAUUUCCUGAGCCAACUGCCUUCGCAAAUCUGCGAGGGGACAUUUGCGAGUCACUCACACAAUUCAACUUUCUUUUUCAAGUGUCAACUGCCACCUUUGUGUUCCUGGACAGCGUUGAUGAAAAUGAGCACAGAAUUCUGACAACUCUUCAAGAUGUGAAAUCCAAACUCGUCUUAGUUGUAAAUCACAAGGGAGGGAAUGCAAGAGAGGAUAUUAUGUCUGUCAAGGCCUUAGUAAAUGAAUUACAUUUACCAAACAACAGAGUGAAGAUCAAAGACCAGAGGCUUAAUGUUGCAGAGUUCUCAAAGAAACUUUGUGAAGUCAUCAAGACAUCCCUGGUAGAUGUGAAAACCACGAUGAGCAUUGUAAAUAUGCACGACAAAGCUGUUGAACUUGGCCUCUCUGUGGACGAAAGCAAAACUGAGGAACAAAAGAAAGCAGCUGAGGAGAUCAUGGACGGCAUUGGGGUGCGAAGUAUACCUCACUACAAGAAACAACAACUUCCAUUACAAGGAGCUAACUGGAAGAGGUUGUCACAGUUGGAAAAAGAAGAGUGUAGACUGAAGAAAUGUGGUGAUUCAGGCCUUGAAGACUAUAAAUCUCAACUGCAGGAAGAAAAACUACAAAUCAGAAAGGAGCAAACAAAAUGCAAAGUCUCCAAAGGAAUGAAGAGUUUCAUUGAAUACUUAUCUACAGGUGACAACGAAAAAAGAGAUGUUUUUCUUAAGUGGAUGAAACUGAAGUUUAAUACACAUUCCAGGAACAAACUGUCUGUGUUACGUAACAGAUUCAGAGAGCAAUGCAAGACGAAAGACGUAAAACUCAUAGCAGAGUUGGAUCAAGCUUUGGUGGACAGCUCUUUAGGAACAGAGCAUUACAUGCGAGAGAUGGGGCUGAUCUAUGAGUUCUCUGUUAUCAGCUCCAAAAAAACUGCUGAUGAAAUAUCUCACCUCCCUGGUUUGGCUGCUGAGAUGCUGUUGGAUGGAUAUCCUCUAGAGUUCUUGGAUGGAGAUGCUUCCAAUGUCCCAGAGAGGUGGGUGACAAAUGUACUGAUGGAGCUUCACAAGAAGGUCGGACAGAAGAGCAGACUGUUGGUUCUGACGGUGUUGGGUGUCCAGAGUACCGGGAAGUCGACACUCCUCAACACCAUGUUCGGUGUGCAGUUUCCUGUCAGCAGUGGCAGAUGCACAAGAGGAGCUUUCAUGCUCUUUCUCAAAGUUGGAGAGGAUUUGCAAUGUGAGUUAAAUUGUGAUUUUAUUGUCCUCAUUGACACAGAAGGCCUUAAGUCUCCUGAUCUGGCAAAACUAGAGGACAGUUAUGAGCAUGACAACCAGCUAGCAACAUUUGUCAUUGGCUUGAGUGAUGUCACCAUUAUCAACAUCGCAAUGGAAAACGCAGCAGAGAUGCAAGAUAUCCUGCAAAUAGCAGUACACGCAUUCUUGAGGAUGAAAGAAAUUGGGAAAAAGCCAAUUUGUCAUUUUGUUCACCAGAAUGUUUCUUCAGUUUCAGCUCAUGCCAAGACCAUGACUGAAAGAAAACACCUCUUGGACCAACUCAAUGAAAUGACUGAAAUUGCAGGUGAAAUGGAAAAGCAACCCUCCAAAAAAGCAUUCACGGAUGUGCUGGACUAUGACAUGGAAAGGAACAACUGGAACAUCCCAGGACUCUGGCAUGGAACACCACCAAUGGCACCAGUGAACACGGGUUACAGUGAAGCUGUAGCACAUUUCAAGAAAAACCUUUUACAAACAUUGAAGAGUGACAGAUGCAAUGAAAUCUCACAGAUCCCACAGUUUCUGGAAUGGAUGAGAAGUCUCUGGAGAGCAGUGAAAUAUGAGAACUUCAUAUUUAGUUUCAGAAACACACUUGUGGCUCAUGCCUACGACAACUUGUGCAAAGAGUUCAGUCAAUGGGAUUGGGAGUUCAGAAAAGAGAUUCUGACCUGGCAAACCACAGCGGAGUUAGAAAUCUUGAACACCGAUAAUGAAUCUGAGGUAGAAACUUGGAACAGAUUAGUCGGGGAAAAAAAAUCUGAGGUGUCACAGGAAAUAACAGGCCAACAAACAGCAAUGAGGGGGAAACUCAGCAACUACUACAAAAUGAAAGGCAAACGAGUAAAUCUGAUAGAGAAAUACAAAGUUGACUUUUUCAACAGCAUCAACGGGCUUGCAAAUGAAAUUAGACAUUCUGUGUGUGCAAAACUGGAUUGCCUCCUUGACCUAAAGAUAAGUUCAAAAAAGGCUCAGGACAUUCUGAGAGAAUACCGAGGUGUGAUCGAGGAGCGGGUCAUGAAGCUUCUGGGUGACUGCAACAAGUCAACGUUGACCGAUCAAGAGCUGACGCAUGAGUUUGAAAAGAUGUGGGCUGAAGCCACUGUAAAUGUGUCUGGCAUGAAAGAGAGAGAUAUUGCAGCAUGUGUCGUGAAUCAGUUGAGAAGAAAUUUCUCAAAUCUGAAAGUUAAUGAGGAAUUGCAGAACAUUCGAGACCUAAAAGAAUUUGGAAGAGGUCCAUUUAAAAGGAGAAGGGAUCAUGUAGACUCCUUUGUAGGAAAAAUACAACAUCUGUGGGGAGGAGAUUUGCAGAACUUUGCAGAAAGUGUCAUUGAGUCUUGUAAACUGUUUGUACUUGACAAAGUACGGACAAACGGAGAUUACCAAGAAUCUUUCGCAAAGGAACUUCUAGAAAAGAUUGAUAAAUCCCUUGAACAAGGUAGCAACCAUCACAAAACAACUCCAAAGUUUGAGAUUGACCUGAAACUUCACAUUUGUGGCAUUGCCUCCAGGGAGUUUGUCAAAAUGCACAGAAGAUUCUUGUCGGAUAACAAUCCUCACACUCAGCUGGAGAAGUACAAGACUCAGUACCUGUCAGAUUUUCUCGAUUUAUACACAAAGAGAGAUCACUGCCAACGCAAAGCAAAUGAUUUUGUCCAGUCUUGUAUCAAACCUGCUGUGGAACAGUACAUCAGUAGAUCUUUGGGAGUAGACAUUGUGGAGCACAUUUUGACAAGUUGCCAUUCAGCAGAGUAUGGAUCUCGCAAAACCUUCCAGUACAACAUUCAAAAAGAGUUGCUGCUAAGGGAAGACUUCCAAAGUUUUGUCAAGUACAUUGGAAAAUAUGAAAUAUAUGUAAAGGAUUGGAUAUUUCAGCACAUCCUACAAACGAUGUCAGAGGACAAGACUUUGUGCAAACUGAAGAAAAAAAAUCUACAAGUCAUCAUUAAAAAACUCUCAGAAGCAAUAGAACGUGCAUCAAAAGGAGAUGAUGGUGUUCUGCUGCCAGACAACAAGGAAAGCGUCAAAAAGCUAAUCAACAACAUGCGCAAGCAUUUGAUCAAAGACAUCUCAAUUUCUGUGGAGGAUGAAAAAACCACCUUGUUUCAAAUCCAAAGCACAUGUCAUCCGUUCAUCAACUGCCUCAAGAUGUCAAUAAAGGACUUGAAGGAACAACUUGAGGAGGAAUUCUCAAACUCUGACGACAUCACUGAAACACUGAACAAGCUUCCAAUCAAACCACAGGAUGAGCUUUUCAAGAGGGUGUUUGGUUGUGGACAGCAAUGUCCAUUCUGUAAAGUUCCCUGUGAGGCCGGAGGCUCAGAACACAAGCAGCAUCACGCAUCCAUUCAUCGGCCACAAGGUCUUUCUGGCUAUAGGAAGCUUAAAGACCAAACAUUGGUUGCAACGCUUUGUACAUCUGAUGUGCAUAGUGAACGUAACUUCAAAAACACAAACACUAAAUGGGUGUCCCAUCCUUAUAAGGACUAUACCAAGUACUAUCCAGACUGGCUGAUUCCUCCCGACCCCACCAUAGAGGCAUCUGACUACUGGAAGUAUGUCCUGGUACAAUACAACGACAGAUUUGCUGUAGAAUAUGAAGCCAAACCAGCUAAAAUCCCAGAGGCCUGGAGGAGACUCACAAAGGAACAAGCACUGAAAGGUUUGAGAGACGCCUUCAACAUGAAGUGAUCAAUGUACAACUAAACCCAUCAGGGCAACAAUUUAUAUACGGCACAUUCAAAGAUUUUCAGUUUUGUUAAUGUGAGUGGUUUUGCGGUUCAAUUUUUUUUUUCUCGAACUGUCGCGUUGAACAUAAUGAAUGACAAGAAGUGAGCUGAGAUCAAGGAAACAUUUUUUUCUGUAUGACUAUUUUAUGUUGGAUUUUUUAAAAGUUUAUAAAUGUUUCAUUCGAUCUGUCAAUUGUAAAUAGUCUUCAAGCAUAGUGGGUGGUGUGCAUGAUAAUGUUAACAAUGAUAAAGAUAAAAGAAAAUUAUGAUCAUGUAAAAAAAAGAAAAGAAAUUAUGUAUUGUGUUUUUUUUCAACCUUUAUUUAUCGACUUGUGUUAUUGUAAUUUCUUCCAGUUACUGUAUGUCCAUUUAUAUAAUGACUGGUGUGCGACAGUUAUGAUGUUGACGAUAAAAAUGAUAAUGAUGUACUUCAGGUAUCAAAUGAACAAAGAGAUAAUGUGUUGCAAUAAAUCUUUGUUGUUUUGAUGAAUGAACGCUUUUGCUUAUAUUUUUCUUGGUUAAUAUUUCAUGUGGCUCUGUAUAGAAGAACUGGUGCGCAUGAUAAUGCUGAUGAAGAUAAUGAUUUUCUACACACAACAUGAGAAAAAAAGAGUUGCUGACAUGGUUUUAAAUGGCGUCAGUUUACUUUUAAUGUUUGUCUAUGAUGUACAGUAAACAUGUGAAGAGAUCUUUGUAAUGUGUUGCUAUUUACAGUGUUAAUUAUUUUUCUCAACACUUACCUGUUGUUCUCUUCUCACCGUGAAGUGAAAAAUGUGCGAUAAAUAAAUUAUGGAAGAAAAUAAGAGACAUAAGUCUUUGAACUUUAACAGCCACUGAAUACUUAAUAUUGAAAUAUUUUAUUUUGAAAAACAUGUAUCUGAAUUUAUCUGUUCGUCUCUUAUUUGCUUCCAUAAUAAAUGCAUUAUUGUUGCAAAUGACUUUCACAUAUUAUUAAUGAUUAACGAUUGUGAUUUUUAUCCCUUUAUGAAAAUAUGUGUUGAUGUAACAAAGAAGUUCCAAAGCCGGAAAUAUGUUGUCAACUAAAAUAAUUAAAACUUGACAAAGAA